GAGGAAUAGGAAUGGAAAUGAAAUGUGACGUGGGGUUUAGCGUCUUACUGCUACUGAAGAAUGGAUACAAUAGUUAUGUAAUAAUAUUGAAUUUUAUACAAUAUGCACUUUUUUCAUAUCUAGAUAACCGAGUUUCCAGUUUCCAAGAUGGCAAUAAUAGACUCCAUAAAACAUAUACUAGAAGAACUAGUUAAAUAUAUACCGGAUGUAGUGUAUGAUUAUAUACCAGAAUCUAAAAUUAGUAGAUCUAUAUUGAUUGGUGUCGCAACAGGUGCUCUGGCUUAUAUUAUCUUUAAGAAGAGAUAUCGUUUACCCCCAGGACCCUUUGCUUGGCCCCUGAUUGGAAAUACAGAAGUAUAUAGAAAAGGUAACCUGGCAAAGAAAUUCCUCAAAAUGUCGAAAAAAUAUGGACCAGCUUUUAUGUUUUACAUGGGACCAAUACGCUGUCUUAUAUUAAACCGUAUUGAUGUUAUUAAUGAAGCUUUGCUCAACAAGGGAGCUAGCUACUCUGAUCGUUUCCCGAUUUAUUCUAAUGAAAUUCUUUUCGAGGGAGGACAAGAUAUUAUUAACGGUAGAUACGGCACUGGAUGGAAACUAAGAAGAAAGAUAGCAGGUCGUGCUAUGAGGUUAUUUAUGGUUAGUGGAAACUUUAAUAUAAAGUUAGAAGAAGCUGUAUCUAAAACAGUGGAAGCCAUGUUAAAAGAGAAAGGGCCUUUUGAUCCUAAACCCUAUAUGUUCUUUACAACUUUAAAUAUUUUAGGGGGCAUGGUCUUCGGCGCAAAGUAUGAAUAUAACGAUGAAAAUUACUUAGAUCUACUCAACAGCUUUGAGGAGAUUACCAGAGUUAGUUCAGAGGGAGUAUUUCUAGAAAAUAUGUUCCCACCGGCCAGAUGGUUCCCGUCAAAAAGGUUUAAACGUGCUAUCCAACUAGUUAAACAUUUUUUGGAUAUUAUGAGAUCUAAUAUCGAAAGGAUAGAAGGUCAAUUUGUACCAGGUAAAAUAACCAACUUCACAGAAAGUCUUCUUCAAGCCGAAAGAGAAAUGCGAGAAGAAGGCGAAGAGAAUAUGACCCACUUUAAACAUCACCACAUAGUGUUGAUAGUAUUUGACAUGUUUUUAGCUGGUAAUGAUACCUCAAGACAAACAUUAUACUGGGCUUUAAUGUAUAUGGCUGGCCUUCCAGAUGUACAGAAGAAAAUACAAGAUGAAGUGGAUUCGGUCGUUGGGAAUGGUAGAUACCCUUCCACAUCAGAUAGAGAAAAUCUCUCUUAUACAGAUGCUGCAUUACAUGAAAUUAUGAGACUAGGAACAGCGGUACCAGUAGGAGUUCCUCACAUGACAAGCUGUGAUACUACGAUAGAUAAUGGUAAAUAUGAGGUUCCUAAGGAUACCAUGGUUUUCAUCAAUCACUGGGGAAUUCAGAAUGAUCCAGAUAAUUGGGAAGAAGUGGACAAGUUUAAACCAGAAAGAUUUUUAGAUAGUGAUGGAAAAAUGGCACCAAAACCCGAAAACUGGCUCCCAUUUAGUGCUGGUAGAAGAGUUUGCCUUGGAGAACCAAUGGCUAAACCAGAACUGCAUUUAAUUCUAGCAGGUUUUUGUCAGAGAUUGGUCAUAGAACCAGAACCAGGAAAGACAAUGAAUUUGGAACCCAUGGACAAUGGACUUGUAAUUAGCCCCCAUCCAUACAAGAUCGUAGUUAAGCCACGAAUCAACCCUUAAACUUAUAUUUGUUUUUCAAAAAUAUUUGCUUGUGUUUACAUAUAUUUGUAAAAAAAAAUAAGAUGAUGAUUUUAAAAAAAAAAAACAAACGCACCGAAGGAGCAAACCAAAAUUACCCAUUUCACUGAACUUAAAAGACUUGGGGUUUUUUUCAACCAGAACAUUUGAGUUUUUCUUAACCAUGAGUGCAGGUAGCAGGUAGAUCACACACAGAUCAAACAAACUAGACCACAACAAGGCAACAAGCGAUGCCAACGAAACAAAUCACAGACAUUGUAAGCACGGUAUGGAGUCACUUUCCAGAAUACCUAAAUUAUAAUGUCUGAUAAUAUUGUUAAACGUUGAACGACUGGCUCUUAGAAAUGGGGGGGGGGGCAAUGGUUUAAUGCGUGCGCUUUAGAUUAUAAGGUCUGUCGUUGGGUCAAGUGGCGUGGUUUCAAUUCGCGCCGCUUGUACGUGACAAAGGAUUGGGUCGCCUGCCCAAUCUCGUGAUUUUUCCCCGGGACCACCCACUACUAAAGACUCCUAUUAAUCAAAUAAAAUUAAAGCAUAUGUUAGUUUGUGUCGAGUGGACGUUAAACUCUCUCUCUCUCUCUCUCUCUCUCUCUCUCUCCCAGAAAUGAAUAUAUAUGCCGUUAGCUCUUACUAAUGAAAGCAUGUCAUUAACUAGUAGAAAUCAUAUUUUUUUUGUAUGUAAUAAAUUAGUGUUUUAUACUUUUCAAAAUUUACAUCGUCUGUGAUACUUAUUGUUUGUUAUGUCUCUUUUUUUACAGCAGCCUUUAUGUAUAUUCUAACUGUAUGGGAACAUCUGGUUCCAUUUAAUUGUAUAAAAUACUGUCAAUAAUUAUAUAAAGGGGGACAUCUCACUGUGCCCCCUGCUAUUGUUCUCAUGGGGGGAUUAAUCAAGCAAGGGGAUUAUCGAAUACAAUGGUGUUAAAAGUAUAGUCUGUUUUUUUAAACUACUAGUCUUAAACUAAUUAACAACUUUAUUCACAAUAAAUUUCAUAAAAGUAACAACAAAUACAUGUAUCAAACAUAAAUCAUAACCCUACUAAAUGUGAUAUGGCGUCAG